AUACAAUAUACGGCAUAUUUUUUCCUCAAAUAUUUCCAGCUAUACCACUAUGAGUUUUUAAAAUGACAGAAAGUGCAUGAUUUUCCACAUGGCCACGUGAGGGCAGAGUGCAACCUGUCUUCAUGCAAUGCAGAAGUACAACGCAAUACAAAAACUUGGCGUAGAACGCUUCUGAGGGUGGCCCUUGCCCUCUUCUGGGUCUGACAGUGUAUACUGCGGGAUGACUGAGGUCAGCAUCAACUACAGUGGCGCUCCAGUCAGGGCCCCAGACUGAAAUCCAAGUCUGAAAUGCCCCUGAAUGCAGGUGUGUACAACUACCGAAGGCAGGGCUUGCUUCUAUUCUUUGUAAAAGGCUAAUGUUAAAUGCAAAAAGUUGCCUAGAUAAGGAAGAGAAGAGCAAAGUGUGGGAAUCACUUGAAUUAGAAUAUUAUCCUGUUUUCCUAACAUCUGCUAAUCCAGACACUGGAAAAGGUGAGAUCUGAGUAGAAGUAUUCUAGUGGUUCUGGGAAGAAAUCCAAUGGGCCUUGGCAUGGCUGUGGGAUCUGUGUCCAUAGCAGAGAUUCUGCUUUUAGUAUGUGUGCCUGUUUGGAUCUGCCUUACUGCAAGAUGAACUUCACUGUGGACUGUACUGACACCACCUUCGGAGGUCUCUGAGAUGAUACCCUCAUGGCAAAUACCACAAUCAGUCAGAGGAAUCCUGCUCCAGAUAACCCACAGACUUCAGCGAGGAGCAGUGUGCCGUUGGAAAUGGACCUCUGAAUUUCAGACACUAGCCAAACGCCUACUUUUCAGAGCAUCUCCGAAAAGCAUUGUGAUACCUUUCCCUAUUAACUGACCAUCCUCUCUCUCAUGCCUGUCAAAGUGGAAGUGAAGCAUGGAAAAGCAUACAGUGAAACAAAAUAAGUUGGAGGAUGCAGACUAGGUCCAGGUCUGUGGUGGAUGAGAAAAGAUGUUAGGUGUUCAUUCAGUAGCGUUAAAGAGGCUUUACCUACUGGCCAAAAUCAAUCCUUACUCAACGGGCACCAAAACCUCUGGGUGUGCACACGUUAUUUGAUGUUGCUGGUUGAAACCAUGGUCUGUUUGGAAGUAGGCAGGAAUAAGAAGAAACCACUGAACAUGACCUAGCCUCCUGGAGCCCAUAGUAAUUCCAAACUGGCUUUGAGUUUAUCAGCAUGAAUUUCUAUUUUUUUGGAAUUAAAGCAGAAGAUGAUCUUCCAGAUGGGCACAGGGGGGCAUAGUGCAGCUUGCCUAUUACUUCAUAAGUAACAACACUGGUUUUCACUCAUUCAUCGGUAACUGGAAGUUGCAGAUUUCAUUUAUUUUCCUGCUGUCAAGACAUAUCCAAGGCAGCUAACUGUGUUUAUCUCACUAAAAGAGUCUAUUCGUAAUAACUCUGACAUGUGAGCAAGGACAACAGGAGAUCUCAUAUCCCGAUUGUUAGUUGGGAAAGCUAUAAAUGGAAAACAGUUCCUGCUUAUGUGAAGCCAAAUGAGUCAUGAUGAGAGCCACUGUCCAAGAAAAGUUUUUGCUCUGCCACCUCGAGCUCCCUGCUUUUCAGGGGAAGACUGAACUCCUGCUUCUGGGGCUAAGAGCGUAGGGAAGUGCCUUGUGUACAGAGAAGUGAACGAUGACUCCUUGGAGUGGAACCUGAAAUGUUUAGGUAGACUGCUCAGCAUAGGUAAUCAUUGUCUGCAUUUCCAUCGCCAUCAGUGUGGAGAAGAGUGAAACAUUUUUGUUUUGGUUUGUUAUAAGCUAGGAGUCUGAUUCAUAGUACAUGCAGGAACUCUUGAAGGAGAGUUGCCAGUGCUUAUCUUUAGGCAGAGGCACAGAAGAGAUCAUUUUCAGAGUGCAUCUGCUGCAGUGUGAGUUGGCUGCCAGCAGAGAAAGCAGGUCCCACUUGUUGUUCCUCCCCAGCUGCACAUUCCUGCCACUCCGCUUGUGUCAGAUCUAGUGAUCGUACAGUUGCAGGAGGAGUUAGAUAAAUGAGCUAAUCCAACAGAAAACUACUCUGCCAAAAAAGUUGGCAUGGCCAAUUUCCCUGUGGCAGCACAUGGCAGGGCCAUUUGGUGGCAGCCUGAAGUUACUUCUCGUUACACGGUGUAUGAAAUCACAACCUAAGGAUGUGGGUUUAGAGUGGGUUUGUCCAGUUGUAGCUGUGGGCUGUAGUGGGCAGGGUGAUAAUCCCAUAGUUCCCAUGCUUCUGGUCACACAGUUCCGCCCCUUGCUCUGUGACUACUGCUCCAACAGAAGACAGCUCACUUGGAGGGGAGAGGGUGGCUGAAAUACCUGUGGGGAAAAAAGGCAGAUGAAUGCCACUGAGGAGAAGAAAUGUAUUUGUUUUCUGCUGAUGUUCCCUCCGGCAAACCUAGUAGUCUGUACAGUGUGCAGUUGCUUGAAGUCAUGUGCUGAAGGACACAGCAUCUACAAGUAUGAGUCUACUAGCGCUCUGACAUUUGGUUUGUGUCCGUUAGAUGAGGUGACUGAGACCGCCAGUGUGGAUCGUAGCUUUGCAUAGUUUACCUGCUUUUAAUAAUAUUUGCCUCUGCCCUGCUGGAUGUUGUGUACCACUCAUACCAAAGUUUUGGGCGCUCUCUCUUUCCAUGUCCUGAGCAUCCUAAGUGGAUUCUUCUCCUCAGCUGCCUCCUGAAGCAUUCAUGUCUUGCCACAGCCUAUGAGCUGUGCACUGUGCUGCCUCAGAUCUCCUUCUGGCUGCUCCCCUGGGGAUCCGCAGCAGGCUGGGAGGCUCUCUGCCAGGAAUCUCAGCUUCCUGCUCCCUUGCUGCUGCCCCUUCUGCGCUGACACUUGGUGAGCUCAGCUGGCUUUGCUCUGUCUUCACCUGAACCUACCGCUUCUCUGUGACUGAGGCUGGGGACAGUGUCCAUGGUGCAUGGUUCACAAUGUCUAAAGGCUCAGGCGGGUAUGGCAUCCACAGCUUUUGCAGAGGGCAGCAUGUCCUGUAACAUCCAAGCUGUUGUGUUACGCACUCUACCAACCCAUCCAAUCUCAUCAUAAAUGGGAAAUCAGUUUUGAUCUCCUUAAUGAUGCUGCAAAUCCAGUUUCUCUAGUCAAACUGUGUGUUUCUGAACUGAUGAGCCUGCUCUUGCAAAGGAUCUGCUGUAAGCCAACAUGUCUGUGGCAGGCUUCGCAUCGCCCAUCCUGAGACCAAGACAAUCUGGAGCUGGGUGCAUGCAUAGUCGUCUGCAUUGCCUUUCUGCCCAUAGAGAGAAAAAGGCAUUUUGGGAGUAUGCUUCAAGUCACUCAAAGCUGGCCUUUAAAAAUAGGUCAGAUGAAUUAUACUCAGAAGACCCGUCUUCUCUCUGUUGUGCGAAGGGGGGUGGUCUAGAGCAGCAGUUUGGAUGUAGACAUCUAUGGUGUGGCUGUCCCAAGAGCUGUGUGCCUGAAAUGCUUCAAAGCAUUGUGAGCUUUUGGGUCAAGCGUUGAGGGCACUGGAGGAAUCCUGUCUCUGGCCUUAAAAGACACAUUUCCAGAGCAUAUUUAGAUAGCUAUUGUUAAGGUUUUCAGUGGCACGGGCUGAGGAAUCCCGUUCCUGAAAGAAUGUCAGACUUCAGCUUUGACAUCUCCAGUGUUUUAGCUGGACAUAUGCUACCAUGAGAAGCAGGAAGUGCAAGUGGCAGUGUUGUCCUCAAAGAGUCUCUAGAGGCAGUCCCACCUGCAGCCUGAUAGAUGCUGCAAAGGCAGAAGUGGCUCCUUGCAUUAAGAUCCCCUUUUCUCUCUGCCUCCCUGAGGGAAAUAAUUGUGCCUUUGACUGCCUAGGUGAUCCACCACCCAUCAUGAAAGAUGAGUGUCAUCACUCAGGGUGUUAAUGGUGGCAUCACAUGUUUUGAAGAUGUGCUAACAAGGAAAAGGAACAAGCUGAUUCUUCUGUGUUUAAUUUCUUCCUGAAUUUGUGUCGUAGGUAUGAGAAUAAGCUUCCAGGAUCCCAAACUAUGUAAGGUAUGCAUGGAGUGACUCCACAGCGUGUUUCUGUGAAGAACACAAGAGCUUUUGUAAAAUGAUACAAGGAAGAUAGAUAGGUUUUUGAUUAACCCUAAACACUUGUGUAUGCAAAUAUUAAACUAGGACUAAUCCAAAAUCACUUAUAAUGCAAGUCAUUUAAAAGGAGAUCUUUGCUCAGAUCCCCACAGAAGUUCAGGUAGGAAUAAAAGGUGCAAAUUGGGGUUGACUCCAUGAAUUUCAGAUUUGUUAGCAAAUGUCUGCUUCACAACAUCUCCAAAAUAGACGGGAAGCUGCCUAUAGGCAGACUCCUUGCAGGUCAGGCUCUUAUUAAUGUUCAGAGCUUCAAGCUGGCACCCUCUCAGACACAUCUUGGAGAAGCUAACAGUGAAUUUUGUUAUGUUCCUGUACCACGUCACCAACUUGCACCAGCUCUUGUCUUGCCCUUGCCAUUUGAGGUGGAAAAUUGUGCAUUUUGACAGAAGGGUUGGAUGGUGUGUUUUUUGUCCUGCUCCUGAGGAGGGGAAUGGACAAGUGUGGAGCCAAGCCCAGGAGAGAGCUGGAGCAGGGGAAGGACCUGGACAAUGUGCUUCUGCUGGCAUUUUUUCCUGGGGCACUGGUGCUGACUAUUCUUGCAAACCUUGGUUCUUGUGGUGCCUAGUGCCUAGCUGAACUGUUUGACUCUGAUAAAAGGCUGCAGAGAGUAUGGAGGCCGGGUCAAAAGUAUAGAAAAAGGGGUUUUGAGAAUCCAAGCUUGUGAGCAAUGCUUAGAUGUCCUGGGGUACCUCCAGUGUUACAUGAGAGGGUCAGGUGGGAAGAGAUGGGACCUCCAUCCUGGAGAAGUGAGGGAAGGUUAGACACUGCUCCUGCAGUCAAGGGAGUUGUAGUUUGGGUGUUUAGAGGAGACCUAGUGUCCUUGCUGAAGCAAAGUCUUCUGAUGCAUUUACUGUGUUAUGCCAGUCUGCACCGGGUUGUAUAACGUGGUCAUGCCCAUUAUCAAAAUUAUAGCAUGUUCUUCCCCAUCAGGGUUAGAAGUGAUAAGCAGGGCCAGGGGAGUAGAUGCCACCUUGGUGCGGACUGUAACAUCAAGCCUCUUGAUUGCUUUUCCGUGCCACGGCUUCCCCUCUCUGCCUGCAGUAGGAAGCUUUUAUUGGGCUCAGUCACGAUACUGAUCUCCGCUAACCAUCGUUUUCUUUCUCGCUGGUGCUGCCAAGCCUGUUCUUAUCCUUCCUACUAUCAGUUUUAAUUAGAAAACAUUACACCCCACAGCUUGGUUUUGUGAUGGAUGCCAGGGACGUCACCAAGGCAAACCAAAUAGGAUGACCAGCAAACUUAGUUAAUGAGUAGAAGACUAAUGAUCUUUUUAAUUAGCAAGUGUGCAGGUGCAAGAAGGUGCAGUGAGACAUGCACAUUGUGACAGCAAAAGCAUGCACAGAGGCAGCAGCUGAGCACCUGAACUUGUCCCUAAUGGAGCACGCCCUUCUCGUGCUUCCUUGGGCCUUGUUGUGUUUCGUGCCAGCCAGGCGAAAAAGGUCCACAUGAAAUCAGGUACAACAUCUGAAACUCGUUUUUAUUUUCAAUUGGGGAAAUAUGGGCUGUUCUGCUCAUCUCAGACCACUAUGAGUGAGCAGUGUUGAGCUCUUUUGAGUGAAGCAGAGACGGGGAAAGGACAGCUGUAGUCACUCUGGGGGAUCUACAGGCCCUGCAAGAGACAAGCCCCAGGCUGACGGGAGCCCUGGGUAGACGAUACUGAAGGUCUCUGUGCUGCAUUUUACAGAAAAGGUGGAACCAGCUCUUGCCACAUCUCUCUGCAGCAGGAGUUUCCUGUUGAAGGAUGGGAUGUGCAAACUGGUUCAAAAACAGUUUCCCCAAGUCCCCUUUGGAAGCACAUCUAUGAAAUAAAUUCCUUUGUGAAUACUCCAGAAGGGCUGUCACUGUUCGUAAUCCAGAGGGAGAAAUCCCGCAAUAUCCUGCUAGGCUUACAAAGUGGUGCACAGCCCUAGGGAGGUCUCGCUGUGUUCAUCACCCUUGGAGCAUGGUUGGCUCCAUGCAGUUGAAUUGAAGGGUUUGACGCUGCCCUGAGUGGGGAAAGACAGAAUGUGCUGAGUUCUGCUCUGCCUUUUGCCUGAGAUGUUUCUCUGGUGAGAAGGGGAGCUGUGAGGUUGCCCAGGCUGUCACAGGUCUCAACUAGCAGCUGAGAGGUGUCUAGAAAGCUUCCUCAGACCCAUCUGAAUGAUAACUUUUCCAUUUCUUCAGCUUCUGUGUCCCCUGCGUGUGCCAAAGCAGAGGAAGAGCCAUGGUUGGUUCUCUGGCUGUGACUGCUGCUGCUGGGCUUGUAAUUCUCAUCGCUGGCCCAGAGCUGUAGCUGCACUGUCCCAUGAGGGCCUGAGUGUCUUCUAGUGGGCACUGUCCUCUGGUCCAAAAGGACAUUGCAGCUCAGGUUAGUGCUGUGAUUUUAGCUCACGUGCUGUCAUAUUUGCUUCCCCAGUGCUGCAGGAUAAUAGGCUGUCCUUGACUUUGGGCGCUACGGCUUUUCUUGACCACUCUUGGUAUUUGCAGAGGACGUCAUUUCUUUCACCGUAGUCCCCAUUGUCCAGGCUCUCGACUCCUGAAAACGAGCCAAGAAAAUAAGGUUCUGAACCAUUCCUUUGCAUUCUUUUUCCUCUCCCCUGUGAUAUUUUAACACUUUCUCCUUGUUUUGCAAAGAAACUUGACCUACCAUGUAGCUUGUCAGUAAUAACCUACAGUUCUUCCUACCAGCCUAUAAACCAUACACCGCCUGCAUGGAAGCGUCUGGCUGUGGUAGGUAACCAUGCCUUUUCUGGCUGGUUUUGCCCCUUGCCCUGCAAGUCGCUAGAUGGUUUUCUGCUAAAGAAAUUAUGAGUUCUUCCAAGAACCUGUUGGCACCAUAAAAGACCAAGCAUUUGGCUGCUUCCUGUGCCUGCUCGUCUCAUGUUCAGAGAGAUCUUUGGAAACCAGAGAGCCAUUAAUUACAGACCUAGUGAGAUGGGUUAAGCUCUCCUCUCUUCUGACAGAGAUCUUCUGAAGGGCUUCUUUAAUGGCUCUGUCAGAUGUUUCUCCAUUCUUACGUGGAGCAGUUAAUUACUCAUCCCAUGUAAUUUGCCCACUAAUUUAGUGAGUUCUUCCACAAGAUACGCAAGAUACGGUGGAAGGACGUAAGCCAGUUGAAGUUCCAUGAUGCCUGGCGUUUUCUUCCUGCUCUAGCUUGGCAUCUGGCAGCAGCAAGGCUUGUGGAGGUCUCAAGAAAGGACUCUUCUUUCCAAAGCACUUCUCUCCAACCUUUGAAUCCCUUUAACUGAAGUCUUUGCUAGUCCCACAGGUAUUUUGUGGUGGUUGGUCCAGUUUGCAUGUCAUCCAUCUGCACUAGUGCCAGGCAGUGUUAGUGUCUGCUGUGGGGCUUUGAAUUUUUAUUGACCAGAGUGGAUAGCUGUGCACCGUUAAUAAUUUGUCUGCUAGCUCUCAUUGUCUAGGUACUGAGGGAAUCACUGAACAUCUUGGAGUGGAUUUGCUUUCUCUUUCCCAAAUGGAGGUUUUGAUGCCUUCCCUCUCUUCCAGCUCAGCAAUCUGCCCUCCGAGGAAAACCCUGGGUGCACUUUCCCAGUGGCCUGAUGUGAGGCCCACUCUCUGGAUCCAGCCGUUCAUUGUAGGGUGUUCCAGCACCCAGUCGGGUCCAUAUUGCAAGUACCCACUGAAGCUGUGCUUUGGGGUAGUGGGCAAAGAGGGGAGAUUGCUGUGGCCAGCGGCCCUGAAGCAGACUGGCCACGUUCCUGUCGCUCAGAGCUGCAGUUCAUCCAAGCAGCUGGGCAUGGAGACAUCUCCGUCAUUAGUUUUCCAUGGCAUCAUUCUACUUCAGCGAGGUAGAGAGAGUAAGUGGCUUAUGCUUAGGCAAAGUUCAGCAGUGCUGAACUGCCCCCAAUCCUGCAGGUCCCUAUUUUUCACAGAUGGACUAACUUUCCCAUAUGCAGGCGCAAACUUGAGAGGCAGCAGCCGUAUCUUGACCUUGUAAGCGCUGCAUCAAUAUGGCAGAGAUUGUAUUUCCUGAGGCACCUGUUUCUAGCCUAACGUAUUUCCUAGGAGUUGUUUGGGAGAUGUCGGCAGCUCCUCAGAAGCUCCUGACUUCUGACUUUAGUACUGUAGGAGUCCCUUGCCCCCCUGAGCCCUGCAUCCAAGUCCCUGGUCCUUUGAAGCUCAGAAUAUUUUCUGUAUGCGUAGAGGAAAGUGAGCUCAGCUUCGUGAGUUGAUGGCAGGGGGGUCCGUAGCUGCAGCUCAGCUCUCAGGCAGAGACGUGGCUUCCUUCAGGGUCCAGACGUCAGAGGCACCUUUGGUGGCCUCUGUGUGUUCAAGCCCCAUAAUUUCCGGGAGGCUGCUGGUGGGGCCCAUUAUCUAGCUGCUCUUCUCAUCCCUAUUGUGGAAUCUGCAGCCACUGCACAUUUGUAUUGGAAGAGCCUAGGUUUGGGGGAUGAUUUUAAUUAGCUUGAGUCUCAGCUGGGACAUGGAGGCCUCUAGAGUGUGAAGAGGUCUCCUUGGAAAUCAUCAGAGCAGCAGAAUCAGAUAUGGGUGGCCUGUGUUUAAGGAAAGGACCUGCAUGGACCAGCAGAUUUUUCUUCUAGAUUGGUAGUUAGCAAGACGGAAACAAGCCACAGUGCUGGUCUGGCACCUCCCAAACGCUUGGGAGUGUUUGCUCCUCCCUUGGCAGCUUUCUUUCUCCUCCCCACCCCUAACACUGGUAUAUAAGGCCCCCUCAGAGCAGCCUCUGCACAACACAUCCCACUCCAGCGAGACAGACAGCAAGCUGCACCUCCAGUUCCAGCACUUCUGCUCUUGGCGAGAGUGAACCCGAAGACCUUCAGCAUGGACCAACGCAGAGUUCAGUACCAGACGUACGUAGCCUGCCCGGAAGUUGUGAAAGAUCCCAGAGAGGAGCUUGCAUACGUGACCUGUACCUACAGGGAAACAGGCAUCGACCAACCUGACUUCCUGGCCACCAUUGAUCUCAAGCCCACAUCUCCACACUAUGGCCAGGUGAUCCACCGCCUGCCCAUGCCCAACCUCAAAGAUGAGCUGAAUUGCGCGGGGUGGAGUGCAACAAGAAGGAACAAGCUGAUUCUUCCCUGUUUGAUUUCUUCCCGCAUUUAUGUGGUGGAUGUGGGUACACAGUGCCGGGCUCCCCAACUGUGUAAGAUGAUUGAGCCGGUGGAUGUCUUCUGGAAGUGUAACAAGGGCUACCUCUCUAUAGUUCAUAGCCUGCCUAAUGGUGAUAUCCUUAUUUCCAACAUGGGAGAUCCAGCUGGCAAUGGAAAAGGUGGUUUCAUUGUCCUGGAUGGAGAGACGUUUGAGCUGAAGGGGAACUGGGAGAAUGAGUGUGGAGCCCCCCCCACCGGGCAUGACUUCUCACUCCGGCCACGCCACAAUGUUCUGAUAAGCUCUUCUGGAGUCGUCCCCAAAUGUGAUGGACCUGGGUUUAAUCCAGAUUACCUGGGGAAAGGGGUCUUUGGGCGCCGCCUGAAUGUGUGGAACUUGUCCUGCCGUACCCUCAUCCAGUACUUUGACCUGGGGGAGGAUUCUCUGCCCAUGAGUGUUCAGUUCCUCCACAACCCCGAUGCUGCCGAGGGAUACGUCAGCUGUGCCCUGAGUGGUGUUGUCUAUCGCUUCUACAAGGAUGAGAGAGGCUGCUGGGCAGUAGAGGAGGUGAUUAAGAUACCAGCAAAGAAGGUGAGGGGAUGGAUUCUCCCUGAGAUGCCAGCUUUCCUAGCCAACCUCCUCAUCUCGCUGGAUGACAGGUUUCUGUAUGUCAGCAACUGGCUGCACGGAGACAUCCGCCAGUAUGACAUCUCCGAUUCCCGCAAGCCCAAGCUGGUGGGACAGGUGUUUGUGGGAGGCAGUAUCUUCAGAGGUGGGCCUGUAACUGUGUGUAGAGAUGAAGAGCUGAAGUGUCAGCCGGAGCCCUUGGUGAUCAAGUGCAAGAGAGUGCGCGGCGGUCCUUAUAAAAUGCAGCUGAGCGUGGAUGGCAAGAGGCUGUAUGUCACCACCUCCUUCUACAGCACAUGGGACAAGCAGUUUUACCCGGAUGUGGUCAAGGAAGGCGCUGUCAUGCUGCAGAUUGAUGUGGACACUGAGAAUGGUGGCCUGAACUUGAACGAGAACUUCCUGGUGGAUUUUGGGAAGGAACCCUGUGGGCCCUGCCUUGCUCAUGAUAUCCACUUCCCUGGCGGAGAUUCCACCUCCAAUAUCUCAGCCUAGGCCCCACGUGGAAGAAUCCCUUCUCUCUCUCCUUUAGUGCAGGUGUUAAAAAGAGUGUCGGGUAACUGGGUAGGGGGUCCCCAUUCACUGCUGGAAUCUAAAUUCCUGUUAACAUAAGCUACAGAAGCUCUGCCUUGUUGGGAAGGUUUGGUUCGGGCAGACCAGUGAGCAAAGUCACGUGGCCCAGGAUUAAUCUUGCUGGACUGUGUAUCUGAGCAGUGAGUCCAGGCGCCCUUUGUGUUCAGUGCAAGGAAAUCCCUGGGCAUGACUCAGAGCCCAGCGUGCUCGCUCGGAUACAGAGCUCUGCAGCACACGCUGCCUUUCGGCAGAUGCCUGCAUACCCACCAUUCCUUGCUUCCUGGCUACAGGCCUGUCAGAAGGCUGCCCUGAUGUUUCCAGUCUGUUAGCUAUUGCUGUAUCGGAGCCUGAUGGGAAACCGAUGAAUCCUCUGUUGUGAUUCAGAGUUUACUCACAUUUGAAAAUGAAGGCAGAAGAAAGUCAAGCUUCCACUCCAUUGGAGUUACUGUUCUUCAGCCAGGUCAUUCCUGAAUAGUCUUCCCCUGGCACGAGAACAGUUUUGACUCGUGCGCCAAGUGGUUGGGCUGAGGUUGGGCCAAAUGCGUUAGAGCUGGAGGAGGAUGCGUAUGAACUCUGAAAAGAGGUGCCUGUUUUCUGACACUGCUUUGUACAAUGGCUUUUGUAUUCUCCUGCUUUAAACACUAAUAAAAUUGUUCUUGGCAUCA